CGCAAAACGGAGCGGGGGCUCGAUCAGGCGGUGAACGCGGCGCGCUGGAUAGAUAACGGAUGUGUACACCAGGUGCCACCGGAGCGGGGACGGCGAGGGGCAGCGGCGCCUCGCGCUCGGAACGCUCCCUUUUCCCCGCGGGAUUAUUAUUAACAACCGCCUGUCACUGUGCCGCGCGAGAUACCUUAUCUUUCGUAGAUACACGUAUAAAGGACGCGCAGUGAAUGCGGACUCGCGAGUGUCGCUGACAUUCAUUUAAAUCCCGCCGAGUGAAACGGUGCCCCCAGGGAUGUCCGGCACGUUUCUGUACUUCGCUUACGGGAGCAAUUUGCUCGCCAAGAGGAUACGUCUGAGCAAUCCGACUGCGGUCGCGAAGGACAUCGGUUGCAUAAAGAAUUUCAGGCUGGAUUUUCACCGUCACUCGAAACGAUGGCAAGGAACGUCCGCGACAAUUGUGGAAACGGAGAAUUCGGUCGUGUGGGGCGUAGUCUGGGAGUUGGACAAGUGCAACUUAGCUACGUUAGACCGGCAGGAAGGAGUGCACGAUAAUAUAUACCGCGCGAUGCCGGUGAACGUUGAAACCCCUAGUGGUAAGACUCUAAAUUGCAGAGUGUACCAGCAGUGUAACAAUCCGGAGGAGUAUGUAAAACCAGAGGACUAUUCGAUGGAUAAGAGGCCCUCGCCGUUGUACAUAAGCACGAUAUUAAAAGGGGCCGAGGAGAACAGUCUUCCCGCCGAUUACAUAAAGUUCUUGAAAACUAUCCCGCAUAACGAAUACGAAGGAGAAUACGGCAUUGGCCUCUCUCUGACUGAAAAUUAACCGCCACGACAUUUUUAUUGUACGAAUACUUUUGAUAAUACGGAUCGAGAACCACGUAUUCCAACGCCGUAUCCGUCGUCAUUUCGUCCAGCUUGCCUCGAGGAAUCUUCAUUUUAAGAAAGUCUCUUUUAUUCACCUAGAUGUGUACGACAUAAAUAUAACGAAUUAAAAAUUAAGAAAUAAAGACAGCUUAUAAAAAAACUCAAAA